GCCAAUACUGUCACGGCUCCUAUCCCGCAUUGACAGCGUGUUACGCUACCUCUCGUCGGUCGUACGGGCUUUGUGUGAUGCUGGGAAGCUGCUAUAGCGUUAUGAAAUAACAUACAUUAUAUUGAGGACUUCAACCUUUCCAUUCAUAACGCGAAGUUUUCAAUUCGGCAAGGAGAGAUGAAGUCUUUACUCCCGGGGUUUGUCCUGACGUUUUUGAUGUUUUUAGAGUGCAUAGAGGCCAAGAAGUACUGCUGGUAUUUUGAAGGAGGAUACCCCAUCUACUUCAUAUGCCGCUCAUACGAGGACUGCUGUGGGACCCGCUGCUGUGUGCGAGCCCUCUCCAUCCAGCGACUAUGGUACUUCUGGCUAAUGCUGAUGAUGGGGGUGUUGUUCUGCUGUGGAGCGGGCUUCUUCAUCCGGAGGCGCAUGUACCUCUCAUCCCUCAGUGACGAGCCUGCCUUCAAUGUCUCCUUCACCCGGCAGACUGCAUCCACACCUGUAUCCCAGCAACCUGGACCUGGGAGCUACAGUGACCACAACGGCCUGAUGACAUCACCAAUCACUCCCACCUAUCCUCUCCAGGCUGGGCCAGCCCAUAAUACGAUGAGCUCCUACCCUCCGCCACCCUCGUAUUGUAACCAUCCUCCCCCGUCUUAUGAGCAGUUAUUCCGGACACCAGAGAAGAAGUAAAAGUGCCGGGUCGCAGCAUCGGCGGCAACAUUGGCGUCCCCUCCGCUUCCUUCGCCUUUCACAGUGACGUCACCUGGCAGGCCAAGGGCAGGUGGGUUCAGCCACGACACGUCUGUCCGUCUAACUGGCUGUCGCACCUUCAGUCAGCCUAAGCUCUCACCCCACAUCCCAGGUGAGAUGAGACAGACCACCAGCUACACCUUGGGAGCUAUGCUGCAGAUCCCGCCUCUCCGGACACAGGCGGAAUCUGUCUCGUUAUCACCAUGGUUAUGAUUUCACCAUCACUCAUCCCUUUUUUCGCUUGCUUGUCCGUGUUAUUUUUCCACACAACUAUCCACCUUGCCUUCUGGAUGGGCCUGGUCUUGCUCUGGCCUGUGACUAAAUAACACUGUAAAUGUCACAGGCACUAAAACUGAGUGAUGUCUGUGGAGAAUGCUUACCUAAGAUCAGCACAUUUGCAGGUCUAUUACCGUGGAUUUUACAUUAGGGUAGAGAAAGACUAAUCCAUGACUGGAGCAGGAGAGCAAUUCCUUUCUUAAAUGAACAGGAAGAGUGCCUGUAAAUUGGAGUUUAAAGCCAUAGGAGACACGAGGCAUGUAAAUGGCUUUAUGGUUCAAAGACUGCUCUAUUAGGAGGCCCACUAGUAUACACUCGUUGCACUUUUCUCAGUAGUCACCUCUCUUCUCCUGAAUCUUGGGUUGGCCAGACAUUCUGAGAAAUUUAAAAUAGACUAUAAACACUCCUGGAUGUCUGUCUGGUCAUGCUGCACAAAUUGUGCCUGUCACUGUGAGAGGGAAGGAAGCAGAUUUAUCAGACCUAUUAUGUUCAUCGGAGAGCGUGGCCAUCUGAAAAGCCCAGUUGGUUUGCAGCGUUUUUAUUCAUAUUACGGAUGUGUGUGGUUGUGUUCCAGCUGUGCCGACUGCAGCGAUUCAUCCAUCUGGAUCGGGUGGCCUCAACCUGGCAGGGAAUCAAAUCAACCAGCCAUGUGAGACCAUGUCAUUUCCAUUGACAUGUUCAGUCAGUGACUACAUGAGUGGCAGCAAUUACUGUAAAGGAAAAUCAUUCCAGACUGUAGAUUGUUAGAGACCAUUGAGGACAGCGUUGAUCAAGCCUUGUCACCGAGUUCCAUUAUGAUUUCAAAAUAUGUAACAGCAAAUAAACAAAAUUGUUCUUCUGGUCCAUUCUCAACCCCCCACCCCCACUGUCAGACCGCACACAUGCAGUUGGGACAGGCUGAAGCGCAGCUUCCCUUGAUAGAGGCAAUUUUAUGGAGUUAUGGGUCUUGCUCCAGGGAAAUGACCUGAGAAUGUAAACUCAGCAGACUUCCAGUUGAUAGACCAAUUCUGUUUUUUCCCUCUUGGCCGGGCCCAGGAAUUGUCCCAGACACCUUUUGGCUACAAUUUCAACUCCUUAGCCAUGUUCUACCUACCCACCCCAUUACAGAUCAAACCAAACUCCUUUCUACGCAGUCAGAUGUGGUGACUAAUGCCCACUGGUCUCUGAGAAAUGGACUACACUUUUUGAGAUGAGCAUGAAAUAGAAUGAACAUUUACUUAAAUAUAGAUAUGUUACAUGUACACACGAACACACAAUGCCAUUUUGUUGAGCAGGUCUAUGAUAUUGCAUAUGGGCAGCUUUCCUGACUAACUUCAGUGAAACUUAGACUUCUUAUUUGUGUGUCAGUAGACUGAGUAGUGGUGUUUACAAAUACCAAAUGCACUCCUUCAGUUUCAUCUUUAGACACACUUCACUCUCAGUUUACCAUAUAAAUGUCACCUCAUUGGUUGACGAAGCCCUAAACAAAGGACUGACCUUUUUGGUGAAAGUCCCAUGACAUGUUCUUCUGAUCAAGCCACCAACCCUCCAGUAACACAAUCAAUACCCAAAGAUUGAGGUACCGCUACAGAGUAUAUUAUGGGAUGGGAUAUGUAUCCAGUUGGCCAUCCAAGGUUAUCCCAUUAGACCCGAAUAUAUUUCCAGAACGCUGCUGUACAUUACUGACAAUUCUCAAAAUGGCUCAUUUUCCUGACACAUUUCAAACAGACAUAGCACAAAAACGAAGAACAAAUGACAAGUUUACCUUGUUUUAAAGAGCACAGUCUAUUUGACACCACAUGGAAAUUGGACUAGGCCAUUUCAUUUUUCUCCCAUUGUGUACACAAAUAACUAUUUACACUCACAAUAUAUCAGGAAUGAAGGUUCCUCUCUGAUGUACUCCCCCUCUUUCUACACCUGUCCCUCUGCAUCCACCUCACUCCUCUUCCUUUCCCUCGCAAUCUGCUUCCUCCUGACCAUCUGCAAGCAGCACACGUUUGCCGCCACACAACUUUAAGUAAACCAGAUGGCUAGCUACAGAAAGCAGCCAGGGUCGUUUCUAUUAUUAACAGAAACAACAACAAACAUUUAACUAGUUUGCUCACUACAUAAAAUUGUUUUAAUGAUGAUAUUGAGUCAGCAAUCAAUCGAGGUCCACAGCUAAUCUGAUUAAAAAGGAACCUUAAGACAUCUUAAAACGUACGUCUUUUUAUAUAAAAGUGAAAGUUAUGUGCACAUCAUUCCGAUCAACUGAAAAUGUAGUGAGCAAAGCUCAACAUUGUGCCUGCGGACAAUUAGCUAGCUAGGGCAAGUAGCAGGGAUAGUUUCAAUAUGACUUGAUAGCGGAAGAAUCAAGUGAAAGCUACCAACUAGUUAGUAGAAUAUACAGCGAGCUAACCACUGCAACUUUUUUGUUACAAGCAAACAAAACGUAUGUAAGCGGUAUACACCGCUACGUAAGUUGGAGGCCAAGCUCGGGCCCCACCCACCCACCGCGGACCUGGAUGGACCCCCAAUAGUUACGAGACAGAAUACUUGCUUGGCUCAAACUUCACAGCUGAUGUGCUCCCCUUUCAAGUGAUCACAACAGGAUUUUAUUGUCAUCUUAAAGUUAUUACCAAAGUUUCACAUAAAAUAUGGACAACACAAAACAUAUCUGCUGUUGAUUUGUUACUCGCCACAACGUCACUAAUGUUUUUUAAAGAGCAUGGACGUUUCCAACUCUAUCACCAAACAUUAGAAACAGUCCUAUUCUAACGUGAAAUUGAUUUAUGAAAUGAACAGCGAUCUCACCGGUUUAUGGUGUAUUGUUAAUAACUUAACAUACAGUUAACAGGUUUUUAAUAAGUACAUUUUGUAAUAUUUACACAAGUAGCCAACCAUUUGUGGCACUAAAUUAAAGGAAUGGUAUCAACGGCCGCUAUGGACCACUCUUCAUUAAAGAUCCAACUGUCCAAUCUAACUAUAGCCUAGAAUUAAAAUAUUCCUCCAUUGGAGAUAUUUGUGUAGACUGACGGCAAGCUGUGUCCAUGGAUACUUUUAGACCGGUUACGACGAUUCAGUGACUUUCUGUAUGCCCGUCGGAAGUGCGCAUGUGCCACGAAUCCUGCAAUCUGCCAGCGGGAGCAUGUGAUUUCUCAUGCACAGCAUUUUGCUUCUUGCUACCACAAUCCAGUUUCUUGCUUCCAAAAAGCUGGUGUUUGCCAAGUUUGUGAUCUCGGCGAUUCUACAUCCAUUUUAUUUUGAUGCGGCAACAACAAAUAUUUUGUUGUUUGAAAUGUGUAGAAGUAGUAUACAAAUAUAUUUUUGUUCACCAUCAAUGUACUAGCAUAGAUAGAAAAUUGCACACUUGAGACAGUCACAUAAGGUCACUGAAUUAGCUUUUACACUGGAACCAAUGUUGUAGACCCAGGGCUCAAUUCACCAAACCCGUAUUUGGGUAUUUACAGACUUUGUUUUUCCUAAUGGAGAAAUUAACUCAACCAAUGGUCUUUUGUACAGUAAAAAUGCUUUCACUUUUAGAAGUAUGUGGCAUCGUAUGAAUAUUGUAAAUAAAGAUACUCCGUAAAUAAUACUGCGAUGGGCUUGGUUGAAUCCCAGGCCUAGGUUAAUAUUUGAUGUUGUGCAUUCAUUUGGCUAAUAUAUAAUAAUUUUGAACUAUGCAACUGAGAGGUGGUUUAACAUGUAAUUUGUAUAGCUAGGACUUGCUUUCACUGUUGUACCAGUACAUUUUUGCGCUGUUAAGUUACUAUAGAAAAUCUGUCCAUGAGAUAUGGUUAAUAAUAAAGUUCUCUUCUCAAA